AUGAAGAUCCUUUCAAUUGUAUUUUAUUUGCGAUGUCAGUUGUCAAUUAUCGUAUUUGCUGCCAUUAUCUUGGAUACAGAGCCAUCACGAAGUAUUUUCCCUACUUCUCCUAUUAAGGUAGUGUCUUUCUUAGCUAAGCAGAGGAGUGUGAAUGAAAUGUCACCAGUUGAAAACGCAUUGGCUGGCUCAUUAGCUUCAGUUUUUGCUGCAUUUGUGUUAUGUCCCACCGAAUUAAUUAAAUGCAAGCUUCAAGCUCAGCGUGAAGUCAACCCGGAUGUUCAUAGGUCUUUUUCUUCGCUUCAUCAUUUGCUAUUAUUCUUAUUAUCAUUUAAAUUAUUUAUAUUUAUUAUGUAUAGUUAUUAUAUAUUUUUUUUUCUUCUUUAUGAUAUAUAUAUAUAUAUUAAUAUGGGCGAUAAGUUGAUUACUUUUUAUGCAAGGCAUAUUUUCAGAUAA